AUGCCUCGCUAUUUCGUGACCGGCGCCUCCGGCUUCAUCGGCCAAGCAGUUAUCCAAGAAUUGAUUUCGCACGGUCACUCGGUUCUCGGCCUCGCACGCAGCGACGCAUCAGCCUCGAUCAUCACCAAGCUCGGCGGCCAAGUCCAGCGUGGAAGCCUUGAAGAUCAUGAGAGCCUCAAAAGUGGAGCGCAAGCCACCGACGGUGUGAUCCACCUGGCCUUCAUCCACGAUUUCGCCCAUUUCGACCACUCAGUCGUCGUCGACCAGGCGGCCAUCAAGGCUUUGGGGGAAGCACUGGCCGGCACAGGCAAGCCUUUGUCCAUUGCAUCGGGCACCGCAAUUGUCACGGGCGGACCUGGCGAGAUGGCUUCCGCGGCCGCCACCGAGAACGACCGACCGGACGUGUCAGACUCGUCAGUGACCGCGCGAGCCCGGUCAGCGGAUCUGGUGUAUGCGUUGUCGAAGGACAACAAUGUUCGUGGCUCCGUCGUCCGCUUGCCUCCGACCGUCCACGGCGAGGGCGACAAGGCAUUUGUUCCGGCCCUGAUCAAUCUGGCGCGCAAAAAUGGCUACGUCGGUCACGUCAAUGACGGCAGUAAUCGGUGGCCGGCUGUUCAUCGUCUCGAUGCCGCGGCCGUGUUUAGACUCGCUGUUGAAAAGGGAUCUCCUGGGGCCACGUACCAUGCUGUUGCGGAGGAAGGUGUUCCCAUGAAGGAGAUAGCGGGAUUGAUUGGGAAGAAGUUGAAUCUCCCGGUCAAGACGCUGACUGUCGCUGAGCUCGGCUCUGCGUUGGGAAUGAUUGGAUAUAUCGCCGCAAAGGAUAAUCCUACUUCUAGCGAGAAGACGAGGAGAGAGCUGGGCUGGAAGCCGGAACAGCCGGGCUUGUUGGAGGAUAUGGAGGCUCAUUAUUUCUGA